CGAUGGACCAUGCCAAUGGUGCUGGUCAUGACGCUGCAGAACCCCGCGCCCACGCUGGAGGACAAGGGCAAGCGGCACUUCUCCAAGGCUCUGAAGGACCUGGUGGCUUGCUGCCUGCAAAAGGAGAGCGACAAGCGCCCCACCGCGGCGCAGCUGCUGGAGCACAAGUUCUUCAAGAUCGCCCGCGACUCCAAGUACCUGAAGGAGUUCCUGGUGGGCAACCUGCCCGCGCUGGCGGACCGCGUCAACCGCAUACGCAACGGCAUGGCCGCCACCAACGUCACCGACAACGACCGAAACCUGGAGAAGAGCCAGGUGGGGGCGCCGCCGGACGCGGCCUCGCUGCACGCGGACGAGCUGGAGGAGAUCAAAGCGCGGGAGGAGUACCGCAAAGGCGUGUCCUCCUGGAACUUCGACCUGGCGGCGCUCAAGGCGCAGGCGGCGCUCGAGCCCGACGACGACAGCAGCGCGCACGGCGCCGCCAGCAUGUUGCCAACCAUCAGCGAGAGUGAUGAGCGGGAGGACACGCUGACCGGCACCAGCGCGGCGGCGGCGCAGGCGUUCCUAGUGGCGCAGGCGGAGGAGCAGGCGGCUGCGGCAGCGGGAGCGGGAGCAGGAGGAACGGGAGCGGGGAGCGCGGCGGCGGCCGGGGAGGCGGCGCGGUCGUUCAUGUCGGCGUUUGCCACGGUAAGCGGGCAGGAGUCCACCGCGAGGACCGGCUCGGUGCUGCCACUCUCAGCGCCCUCGCCGACGCCAGCACCCAUGACGGUAGACGUGUCUGCGCCCGUGGCAGCGCCCCUGCGCGCGGUGGCGUCCGGGGAAGGGCUGGCGGGCGGCGACCGCGGCGCCAUGCCCGGCUAUGGCGACAUGCCGCCGCCCUCGCCCGGCGGCGGUGUCAGCCCAGCGGCGGGGCUCAGCCGGGAGGGCAGCGUGGGCGGCAACAUGGGUGGCAUGGCCACCACGCCCACCGCCGUCACCAAGCAGAAGAAGGGCCGCUUCGAGGUCAGCGAGCACCCAGCCGUGCCCGUCGCGUCCUCGGCCGCGCCGCAUGGUGUGGUGGCCUCCGGCAGCGCGGUGGCGCUGCCCUCGCUCGCCACCACGUCUGUGGCCGGCGUGCCGCACAUGGUGUCCGCCUCCAGCGCCGGCAGCCUCUCCACCUACAACACCUUCAGCGGCCCCUCCAUCAGCGGCGGCACGGUGCCGGACCUGUCCGCGCUGCGCGGCUCCGCCACGGGGCUCGCGGACAUGGCUGGUGCGGGCAGCGGCGGCGGCGCGGCGCUGCUGGGCGGCGCGGCGGCGCACGGGGAGGAGGGGUUGAUGAUGGGGGCUGCGGCGGCGGUGGCGCCGGGGCCGCAGCCGACGCUGCGGACUGAGGUGGAGGAGAGUGUGACCAGUGUGGAGCCCAAGCAGCGCGGCCGCUUCAAGAUCGUGGCGGAGCAGGGCGCCGAGUCCCGGCCGCUGUCCAAGACCUCCUCACUGGCCAACCUGUCGGACGCGGGCAAGAGCCGCUCCGACGGCGGCGGCGGUGCACUACUGGGCAAGCCGCCCACCGGCCCCUCCGGCCCCUCCUCCAUCACGCCGCCCAUCAGCAUCAUGCUGCCCAAGCUGCAGGAGCUGCUGGACCACGCCAACGCACACCAGGCAGCGCUGCAGAAACUGCUGGGCGCCGUCCAGGAGUGCGACAAGGGGAGAGUGCCGCUGCUGCUGUCGCGAGCGCAGUCAACCCGUUCCCUGUUCGACGGCGCGCCCGGCAUGGCGCUGAGCCCGGCCGCGGCGGGCGAGGGGGCAGAGGAGCUGCGGACGGCGAUGGCGGAGCUGCGGGCACGGCUGACGAUGCUGGAAGAAGAGAACGCGCGGCUACGCGAGCGCAACAAGGUGCUCGAGACCCUGCACGACGCCUCGCAGCAGUCUGCCGCCGUUGCCGCGUCCGCCGGCGCGCCGGCGCCCUCCGGGCCCUCCUACAACACCUCCCUCGGCGGCACCUCCGUCCGGUUCAACCUGCCGGAUAGCUCCGGUGGUGCGCUGCAGUCGCCCACCUUGUCCGUCAGCCCGAAGCUGCCCGCGGCGGAUUUGCCGCCAGCGCCCGGGUCAGGCGCGCAGCCCAGCGCGUUGUAGCGGCAGCGCGCGGCUUGCGCCAAGGCCUUCGUUGGUGGCGCGGUGUGGCGUGCACUGUAGUGAGAGUGUGUACCUUGCGUGCGUGCUGCUGAAAGGUGCGCUCAGCAGAAGUGCCCGUGCCAUCUGUGUCCGUGUCUGUGCCUGUGGCUCGUGUCGUGCAGUGUUUGUGCCCCAGUACUGUUUCUGCCUUCUAGAUCGCGUUGUGUUGCCCCGGCGCGAAUGCGGCUCUGCGUCCACUUUGGGGUCGCUGCUGCGCGCUUGCGGCCGCCCUGGCAGUGCGUGUCAUGCUGGCGGUUGCUCAGCCAGAGGCGGGAUCCCUUGACUAUUUGAGCAUACUCAAGGCUGACCGGUAGCGGCAGGUGGCGUGCGCCGGUUCUGCCUGGCGCACACAAGGGGCUCCAGGUAAAGCAUGCGGGCAGAGAAGCACGCACACAAUUCUUGAGAACAUUUCUUUCUUGCGGGGGCAGUUCUUCUGACAAACUACACGCAUCAGUCAUGACAUUUGACAUUCACACGGCCAUCGGCUGGGCGUUGGCCCCGGCGUUGGGCAUUGACGAACUGGACAUUUCUUGGGUGCUACACAGCAUGUGCAUAGCGCUGACGGCUUUUGUGUGUGAGGAUGGGGGAUUUGAGGAGCAGGCUGCCGCGCUGGGUGUAGGUGCCGAAUGCACGCCCGCAAAUACUAAAGCAUUUUGCAGAACGUUUGGCCAGGUUUGGCCUCUGGAAAGCGGCCGCAUGUCCGUCCACAUCCGCAUCGUAGUAGCGUAGAGCUCCACUCGAGCGUCUCUCACGGGGACUAUGCGAACUGAUGCUAAUUUGCAACGGCCAAGCCUUGGUGUGGGUCAUGGCGACAGGCUGCCGCCGGCCAUCGAUGCGUCACAUUAAUCCCGGGAUGCUUCACAUGAUCCUGAGAGAAAGUCGACCAAUCUCUUCCGGCACACAAUCUCGAACAUCAUAUGGACAGCGCAACUGUAAGCUUAAGCGCAC